AUGCUUGGUGGAAGGGAGGACCGCCAUCCGAUCAGCGCAGCCGACUUGGUGAAGAAGCUUAAGGCACAGCUCGAUCAGGAUCUCGAUCAUAACUGCACUCCUAUGGGCCCUUGUGGGUCUUGUGGGUCCUCUGGCGCACCGUUCAAGAUUACACGUUCUACCUUCGGAUAUACUGUUGUCGGGAAAGGGACGACUUCGAAUCGCUGGCGUAAGGUCUCACGCGAAGCUGAGGUCUACGGGGUCCUUCAGCGUGCCCAAGGAUCGGCUGUUCCCGUCUUACUCGGGGCGAUUGAUUUGGCCCAAAUUUACUUCCUCCACGGCGCGAGAAGCAUCCGUCAUAUGCUUUUGAUGGGCUGGGGUGGGGAAAGCGUGUACCCUAAUACGCUAGACAUGGCCAUCCAACGUGCGAUUUAUCGGUCGGUGAAGGAGAUCCGCUCUUACGGUAUUGUUCAUCAGGAUCUCCGUCCGGACAACAGCCUGUGGAAUGCUGAGCUCGAGCGAGCCCUGAUCAUUGACUUCCAUCUGUGCAACUUCGAGGAAGCUCGCGGAAAGGUAUGCCAUGGUCUGCAGGUUAAUGCGGGAGUCGGGGAUUUUGAAGGAAAUUAUAUCCUUGGAGAUGAACUAGAUACCCGGAUCAACUCGGGGUGGUAG